CCAGGUCCAGAUAUCUUUUGUAUAUUUCACGGUAAGAAGUACAGUGCGGGAGACAGCUGGCACCCAUACCUUGAACCUCAAGGAGUCGUAUAUUGUAUACGCUGCAUGUGUUCCGAGAGCGGGAGUGUCACCUGCUACAAGAUAAAGUGUCCGGUCCUGCAAUGCAUCCACACUGUCACUGACCCGCAGCAGUGCUGCCCCAGAUGUGUAGAGACACCCUCCGGACUGCGAGCUCCGCCCAAAGUCUGCCAGCAUAACGGGACGACCUAC